GUGGAUGUUCAUUUACCGUUCGUUAGCGACUAUGCACCCUGGCUUGUUUUUUAGGGAACACUGUCCAGGUGUAGAGCUGCUGCUAUUGCCAGGAUAGUAUUACCUAAUAUGUUUUUGCGUUUUCCUGGAAAAUGUCCUUGAAAUCAAAAUUAUUUUAACAUCCGGGUCAGUUUGAAACAGAUUUAACGGGCACGAUCAAGGGAAGUGGAAGUGUCGCUCGACAACUUCCGUAACCAAGCAACAAUUGAGCCAUCACUGCCAUCAUGCCUGGUGAGGACAAAGCACCACAACAGACCCGUCAAAGGAAAAAGAAAAAGUCCCGCUCCAAAGGGAAGAACCAGGGUGGGAGUCCCAGUGGACACCUCGGGGGCAGCGUAGACAGCCAGGAUGAACUCCUGCCCCCUGUGCUCCAGCCUCCUAAAAAGCCACCGCUGGAGGAGAGAACGAAGGACAAAGUGGACAAAGUGGAGGAGGAGUCGUCCAUUGCUAUCUGUCUUCAGGUGGUUUUCCCAUACCUGCUGGCUGGGAUGGGAAUGGUGAUGGCCGGCAUGGUGCUGGAUAAUGUACAGCACUGGGAGGUGUUUAAGGUGAUCACAGAAGUGUUCAUCCUGGUGCCUGCACUGGUCGGACUCAAAGGGAACCUGGAGAUGACCCUGGCUGCUCGCCUCUCCACUGCUGCCAACACCGGCCAAAUGGACGACCCUGAUAAACAGUGGACCAUGGUGUGCAGCAAUCUGGCCCUCAUACAGGUUCAGGCGACAGUGGUGGGUUUCCUCGCUGCAGUGGCUGCCGUGUGUUUAGGAGCGAUUUCUCGAGGGGGAAUCGAACUGGACCAGGCAUCUGUUCUGUGUGCCAGCAGCAUCACCACUGCGUUUGUAGCUGCUCUUUCUUUGGGCCUGGUGAUGAUCGGAGUGAUCAUCGGCUCCAGGAAGGUGGGGAUCAACCCCGACAAUGUGGCCACCCCCAUCGCUGCCAGUCUGGGGGAUCUGAUCACCCUGUCCCUGCUGGCCGGGGUCAGCAGCACGCUCUACGAGUACAUGGAUGUUUGGUACCUGUCCCCCCUGGUGUGUCUGGUCUUCCUGGCUCUGAUCCCGCUGUGGGUACUGGUGGCCCGACAGAGUCCUCAGAUCAAGGAGGUUCUGCGCUCAGGGUGGCAGCCUGUCAUAGUGGCCAUGUCCAUUAGCAGUUUUGGAGGCCUUAUCCUGGACAAGACAGUGAGUGAUCCCAACUUUAAGGGCAUGGCUGUCUUCACACCCGUUAUUAACGGAGUCGGAGGGAACUUGGUGGCCAUUCAAGCCAGCAGGAUCUCCACAUACCUGCACUUCUGGAGCAUCCCAGGAGUGCUUCCCUACAAGAUGAGGCAGUUCUGGCCCAAUCCCUGUGUCACCUUCUUCUCCUCAGGGGUGAACUCCAAGUCAGCCCGGGUCCUCCUGAUGCUGGUUGUCCCUGGUCACAUGGUCUUCCUCUACGCCAUCUCUCUGCUGCAGGGAGAUGAGGCACCUAUCUCUGUAGCGUUCACCGUCUGCUACCUGUUUGCUGCUGUGUUCCAGGUGUCCAUCCUGCUUUAUGUUGCUGACAUCAUCAUCCGAUCCAUGUGGAGACGGAGUCUGGACCCCGACAACUUCUCCAUCCCCUACCUGACCGCCCUGGGGGACCUGCUGGGCACGGGCUUCCUCGCCCUCUGCUUCCGCGGCGUCUCUCUGGCUCAGAGUCUGGGUCUCUGAGUUUCCUCCUUCAUCACUGAACUCUCUGCCAGUCACCGUCUCAUUGCACCGGUUUUGUUACGUUUGCCCAGAGAUGCCUUUGAUCGGACAGUAAAGCAUUUUCUGAUUGUUAUCACUCGGCGAGUUCAAACAGAGGAAUCCAUCACAGCUUCAAAUUCUUUACUGGGAUGGAGAGACAGCACACCUGACCAUUUACACACCUGGGUGAAGGGUUUUCUGCUUGAACACAUCCAGCUAAUCUGACUAUUUUACCUGAGGGCAAAAUACAUUACAAUAUUGACGUUGAAGUUUGAGUUUUCAGCGUGUUAACCUUUAUUUUGUUACCAUUCCUCUUCAUCACUCUGUCUGUCAGUCUUCCUGCAUUAUUACCAUGAGUUGGCUGACUCUGAGCUCGACUCGUCCUUCACUUCAUCUCUUUGGUUUCAUCAGAGCAAAUGUAGCAACUUUAUACCUUUGCAACAAGACAGAAAGAUUGCUUUGACUUUAUUUCUUUAAACAUAUUGAUAGAACAAACUUAUAGCAGACCAUGUGUGAGUGGGCUGUUCUAUGCAGUACAACUGGAGGCUGUUAAAGAAGUUCAGCAACCUGUAGUAUUUUGUGUUUUGAAACAUCAUUUAUUUUAUUAUUUAUUUAUAAUAAGAAUGAAUGGGACAGAUUUUCUGUUCAUGAGAAAUCAGGUUAUAUACCUGCUACACACAGGGGAAUGUUAUCUCAUGAAAAACUUGAAUCUCUAUUUAUUCAUGAAAUGUACUUUCAGAUUUAUUUAAUCUCAUUCUCUGCUGUUUCAUUUUUGAGGUACAAAAACAAAAGCAAACAGAAUCUGAUAACUGGUGUUUUGAAGGCAGCACAGUAAACGUGUCUCAUUUUAAGUAGGAAGAGGAGCAGUAAGAUGAAGGGCCACCUUAGGACUAACUGAUUAAUGACACAAACUCCUGUUCAAACUUAAAGAAACUGUUCACUGUAUUGGGAAAUAACUGUUUCAUCAGUACCAGUUUAAAAGCUGCAUAGUAAGUAUGUAGCUAAACAUAGUGAGCACAACCAACCUAGCUCAGUAUGGGAAAAAAAAAAUAGGGGAACCUCUUACUCUUAGAUAACCAAGGUUUUUAACAUAACAAAAAUCUACAUUUUAUCCCUACAAAAAAGAGAAAUAAAAAGUGAUGCCGGUUUUAAUCUGUUUUCUCCGUUUCCAUUUUUGUAUGCUAAGCUAAGUUAGCCACAUGUGCUGAAAAACAUAUUCAGUAACACACCUGACAUCUAACUCUUCAAAAAGAAAGUGAAUAAACAUGCUUUCUAUAAUAUCAACAUUUUUAUUUGAAGUAUGGAAAAGCUUCACUUUAUGUACAUACCCUCUGGUUGAGCUACAGAAGAGCACAAAUUUGUGUCAUGCUGUUCUUCUUCCUCCAAACUUUAUCUACUCUAUUAUACAAACAAGUCUCCAAAAUGCCAAACAGAUUAAUGUAAUGUAUUUAAGUUCUGCAAAGUUACCAUAAAUCUGACUUAAUCUCAAUGAUCCAUCACAAGAACUCAAAACUCCAGAAUUUCCAAUAUGCAGACGAUGUAGUGCUUUAUGUCGCAGAUGCAGUAAGUGGACACUUUGAUUGACACAGCACUUUUAAUCAAUAUAUGAAUAAUAUGAAUAAUUAGAGUGAUUGUUUUAGAUUCUACAUCUUACUAAAUAUUGUUCAAAGGUCCAACACUUAAAAGAUUGUGUGCCAAAGCUCUGUGUCAACACCUCUUCACUAUUUCUACAGCAGUCACAAAACUGAGACAGAAAAUGUUGCACUGUUGUAUUUGUUUGUGCUGUCACUUAAAGCAAACAGAAAACUGAUGCAGGAGAUCCACGUUUUAUUGUCUGUCACAUUUCAUCCUACAUGUAUGUUCGACAUUAACUUUGUAGCUGCAGAUCUCUCACUACGUGAUACUUAAAGUACCUUUAUUAAUGAAGGGUUGUCAAAGCCUUACUCUUUGUUUCAGAACCAUAAAACCUCGUUGUCAUGUGUUCUGACGUACAUUUGCACAAAUGUAUGGAUGGAUUCUCUGGAUUCAGUUCUCAUCCUUCUCAGUACCUUCACAGAUUCUGAAAAAAAUAUGAUGCAUCUCAGCCUUUAGCUCAAGUUAAACCAUUGUAAACUUGGGCUGACUUUAUUUUGUGCCGCUGUCUGUGAAUUUGCACCUUAUACCAUCCGUUCAUUAGCUUUAAAUGCAGUUGCACCAUAAGAGAAGAACAUGAAUUUGUCCAAACACAGAGUAACACUUAGAUUUAAUUCAACAUUUACAAGCUUACAGUCAUAUCCCAAUAAUUCAUAAUUUCAGUUUCAAGUGAGACAUUAAAUAACUAAACUUCUGGAUAAAAAAAAAAUGUUAACAGCAUAAACUGAAGCACACUGGCUAUCUCUCUUACCUUGCUGUUCUUGUUCUGAAUGUCUCAAAGAUCAACAUCUCAAUAGCAGAGCAGUACACAGAUGUGUGUUAAUGCACUCAUGAAGUCACAUACGUCUGCUGUUUGCUACAACUAGUAUGAUCUAUUUUUGGUAAAAAAAAAGAAACCUCAUACACACUGAAACUUGAGGCUUUGUGAAACCAGCCUGUCUCGUCAGUAUUUGAUUUCUUAUUUGAGGUAUUUCAGUGUUUUAAUAGUGCUUUGCUAAAAGCUUUUAUUGUGACACUGUUACACAGUACUUUUUACACUAGAAGGGGAUGAAAUAUUGAUAUCUGACUCACAGUUUAUGUCACUCUGUCUUACUGUAUGCGAUCUAUGUGUAAACUGUGAUACUGUGAGAACUAGACCACAGCUAAGGUUGUGUUUUACCAGCGCAUCAGUGUGUCUUCAUCUGUGGGGCUGGACGAUUGACCAGAGUUUCUUCAUCGUUAGUCACCGCCACAUUUACAUCGAUAACAAUGAAUGUAAUAACAGCUACUUUUCAAACCCAUUACUGCAUCUGUGUGUUCAAUGUGUUAGCUUAAGUUCUCAAAGUAGAUAUGUGAAAGUGGAGAUGUUUAUUAAAAGUUUGAUGACAACA